AUGCAUCAAGCGACCAAAGGAAAAAUAUCAUAGAGGUAGAAAACAGGCAGUUGAGGAGAGCUCAAUAGAGAUAGAAAGAUGCCAGCAAUGGAGAAGUUGAAGAUGUUUGUCGUGCAAGAGCCAGUGGUCGCAGCUUCUUGCCUCAUCGCUGGUGUGGGUCUCUUCCUUCCAGCUGUUGUACGGCCCAUUCUAGAUUCCUUUGAAUCAUCCAAGCAAGUCUCUCAACCUGCUCUAAGUGAUGUGGUUGCAGGCGUGACUGGUAAGAAACAAGGGUGAUAUACUUUGUUGGUUCAAGUUGCAGAAUUCUCCCCCUUUACCGUCUUACAUUUUCAUUGAAAUGGAAAUAAGUCCUGACACUCUUAGUUGCAGUAUGCUUUAAAAAAAAACUUUCCAUGAAGCAUAAUCCUUUUUUGUUUUUAAGGACAUGAAUAUUUUAAUCUCGUGUUAAUUUUUUUUUUGUUCUUAAUAUUUCCGCCUAAUUCAGAUUCAUGUUUUAUCAAGUUGGCUUGUCGAUGCCCUUAUUCAGUUA